CAUUAAUAGUAUAUGGCAAAAUUCAUUCAAAAACGAUUAUUCGCAUCAUACAUCAUCAGAAAAAACUACUACGAGAUAAUUGGAGUUUCUGCUUCUGCCACGAGACAGGAAAUUAGAGAUGCAUUUUUGAAAAAGACCAAGCAGCUUCACCCAGACCAGUCUCGAAAAUCUUCAAAAAGUGAUUCGCGAGUUGGAUGGGCUACUGGUUCUUCUGAAACCGAACAAUUUAUGCUUGUGAAGGAGGCGUAUGAUGUUCUCAGAAAUGAAGAAAAACGAAAAGAAUACGAUUUAGCGUUUAGUAGAGAAGGCGGUUUUUUAAUGGAGGCGACGCAUAAAACUCAAGAAAUGUCAACUCAGAGGAGGAAUAUUCAAAGAGCUGAAUGGAGUGCUGAUGUGAUACCUGAUGCAAAAAGGAAUUCGAAAAAAGUUGUAUAUUCCCAUUUUAGAAAUCCCGAAGAUGAAUACCUCCGGGAAAAGCAGAAAAAUCGAAUGCUCGUCGUUUUAGCAGCAACUGUCAUGGCUUUAAUAGGGGCCAAUAUUGUUUAUAUUAGGAAACUACAAGCGGAUCGCCUUUCGAAGCCGGUUUAGGAUUUUCAUUGUUUUGUAAAAUAAAGAUUUUUACCUAGA